AUAUAGAAUUGUUUGGGAGCUCUUGAUGGGACCCAUAUAGAUGUUCGACCACUGAAGGAAGAACGAACUAGGUAUCGAGAUAGGUCAGGCCAUCUCACAAUGAAUUGUUUGGGAGUUUGUACUCCCGACUUAGAAUUCAUCUACUGUCUUGCUGGAUGGGAAGGGUCUGCCCAUGAUUCAAGGGUCUUGAAUGAUGCAUUGAACAGGCCGAAUGGCCUUGUUGUGCCAGAAGGGUGUUAUUAUCUUUGUGAUUCUGGCUAUGCUAAUAGUCCCGGA